CCAAGGACUCCGUGAUGGUGGACUCACUGGUGGCCGACCAGAUGACCCGCCUGACACUCAAGCUCUUGGAGAAGAAGCUGGAACGUGAACGUGAGAACAUGGAAGGGGAAUCUGAAAUCCCACACCUUGAGGCAGGGGAGGAGAGCAGGCCGGAUGACCCCCUGCAGAGCGCCCUGAGGAGAAGGAAGGCCCUCCUGCAGAGACUCUGGGAACAGCACCUCCUGGAGGAGCUCUCCAGGGCCCACACCUGGAGGGGGACAGACAGACGGGCCUGGGGGUCAACUCUGUCCCCAGAGGUGUCUCCUCUGUUCAGGCACCCCGCUACCUCCACCCCACCGCCCCUGACCGGCCCAGAGCCGCCUCGGAUCAUCCAGCACUCGGUACCCCAGCCACCUGCCACCAUCAUUCAGCAGCUACCUCAUCAGCCCCUCAUUGCACAGAUUCCUCCUCCCCAGGCUUUCCCCACUCCUAGAUCUGGGAGUAUUAAGGAAGACAUGGUGGAGAUGAUGCUGAUGCAGAACGCCCAGAUGCACCAGAUCAUCAUGCAGAACAUGAUGCUCAAAGCCCUGCCACCGAUGGUACCCACUGCUCCAGGGCCACGCGCCACUGCCCUGCACCCCGCCUCCCAGGACCCACAGUGGGCUCACCCUGCCCUCCUGCGAGCAGAGAAGCAGAGGCUGGCCUCAGUGCACCACCACCACCACUACGCGCCCCCAGCCCCGCUGCAGCCAGUCUCCACACCCGGGGCCCCGGUGGCCUACCCCAUGUGGCCCUCCAUGGUCUCAGCCACAGUGCUCCCACAGGCCACUGGCUUCCAACCCACAGUGCGCCACAUGGCUGGCCCUGCUGCCGCCGCCGCUCUUAAUGUGGCUGCGACUGAUGGCGCCCUCACCGUGCAGGCCCCAGGGCUGUGA